AGAAAAAAAGAAAAAGAAGACGACGUCUGUGGGGUUCGGGAAAUUCAUUAGUAGACCUCUGAACGGGUCGUCCGUGGAAAAAGAACUCCUUCGCGUUCACAUCUGGAGUAACCGGCGGAGAGGAGCAGCGGGGAGACAUGCGGUUCCAGUCCGUGUGGGUGCGACUCUCGGUCCGGCGCUGGUGAUGCCCGCCGAGCGGGGAUCUCCGCCCAGCAGCAGCAGGAGCAGGGAGAGGAGGAGGAGGAGGAGGAGCUGGUCGGCGAUACAGGGCGUAACGAUGCUGGUGAGGUCGGAACCAUGGCUAACGGAACCGGUACUAUCAUGUUAAAAUGCGUCGUGGUGGGAGACGGUGCUGUGGGCAAAACCUGCCUCCUCAUGAGCUACGCCAAUGACGCCUUUCCAGAGGAGUACGUACCGACAGUGUUCGACCAUUAUGCAGUGAGUGUCAACGUUGGAGGAAAGCAGUACUUAUUGGGACUGUAUGACACAGCUGGUCAGGAAGACUACGACCGCCUGAGACCAUUGUCCUACCCCAUGACCGAUGUCUUCCUCAUCUGCUUCUCCGUGGUUAACCCGGCCAGUUUCCAGAAUGUACGUGAGGAAUGGGUGCCAGAGUUGCAGGAGUAUGCACCCAGUGUCCCUUAUCUGCUCAUUGGCACCCAGAUUGACCUUCGAGAUGACCCUAAGACUAUUGCCAAACUGAAUGACAUGAAGGAGAAGCCCAUAGCUGCCGAACAAGGACAGAAGCUGGCCAAGGAGAUUGGGGCAUGUUGCUAUGUGGAGUGUUCUGCAUUGACCCAGAAGGGCCUGAAGACUGUGUUCGAUGAGGCCAUCAUUGCCAUCCUAACUCCCAAGAGAAAGAAAGGAGCACUGAAGAGACGACUGGCACCCCGCUGCAUCAACUGCUGCCUGAUCACAUGAUACAUACACCGAGACGUCACUCAUCAAACCAUGAACCAGUCCUGGACUCCAGAAGAAGAACAGGAUAAAUGUGUAAACAGCAGCAUGUAGACAAGGAAUGUGAAGGACCGAAAAGGACAAAAGGAGAACUGCUUUUAAGACAUGGUGCUCCUGAAGGGUCUGCUGCUGUCCAUUACUGGGGCUGAAGAUGCAGUUUAGUACCAAAGGAGCACAAAAUCCAGGUCUCUUCUUCUGAAAAACAUUUUUGCCUCAAAGUACCUUCUUUUAUAACCAUUUUUAAGCUUUUUUUUUUCCUGUACAAAGUUAUUGUAAACUAUCAUAUGGGGGAAAGAAUAAGUUGUCAGAAAAAUGGUAACUUUUAAGAAGUUUAUAUUACUUUUAUGGUUUUAGAGACAUUAUUGAUUUGUGGAUUUUUCAACAUAAGAUUAGAUAUCAGUGGAGAAAAAGCUUGCAGCAGCCCCAGAUAAAUGAGAUUGAUAAAAUAAGGCGCUGACUUCAGUGACACAGUGAAGUGUAGACUGUAAACUUCCUGACUCAUGCAAAAAAAAAAAAAAAAAAACUGUUGGUCUGCAAAGUCUCUGUCAUUCGAAAACCCACAAAUUAGCUCCUAAGUUACAUCAACAACCAAUGAAAUACUGCUGAGACAUCACUGACCUUGAGCUGUAAUAUUUUAAGCUGUGAGAAUCUUGAUUUGAGCCUUUUUAAAAAUGCAGAAUACCAGAAUACAAACUACUAGGGCUUUGGCUGAGGUCAACAUGAGGAAGAUAUUUGAAAUCCAUGUCAUGAUUCUGCAUUUGUAAAACAGAUGCGCUUCAGUUUGUGCAUAUAGAUGUCAUCUUGCAAUCGUGUGAAGCCCAUUCUCACUUUUAUGGAUUUGCAUCCCACAAGGUUACAGUUGGAAACAUUGUGCGUUCCUUGGAAAACCUUAAGGGGGUCCAGGAAAGUGUUCAUUGACUGGACCGGGUCAUUCCAUCAUUGUGGCAUGGUCUUGUUUUAACGAUGCCGAGAUUUUCAAGAUUUCUCUGGAAUUUUUUAUUUUUUUUCUUUCUUUCUAUCAUGUGCUUUCACAGUCUGGGUAACUUUGCAUUUCUUUGAGUCAUACACGCCAUGACAAUACAGGGAGGUUUUCUGGAAGUGCCAAGGUUGUACUACAGUUAUGCUAUAAUGUGAUAGAUGUUUUUGCACACUUUGUACAAGUCCAGCAUGUUACAUCAUCAGACCACAUGUUGGAUCACACUUUUAGGCAACAGUGGUCUUCACACGCCAGUUAGUCGUGGUUGUAAACUGUGAUCUUCACAGCUGUAUAAUUGUGAAGGUGAGAACAGUUAUCAGUUUGUCACUUGUGAAGAAAGACAUCUGCUGCAGAACAUCUGUCGUUAGAAAUGAAACCUCGAUCCAAAUCUGUUGCGCAAUGACUCAAAUGUGCACACUGUAAUCACAAAUUGAGUCUUAAACCGGAACUGUAAACGGCACAACAUGAAGCACAGCCUGCAUCCCUUCAUGUCCUGACAACAAAGCACAUUCCUCCACUUCUAAGCAGAACCCUCUUUAAAAAAAAUCCUCUGAAGCACAGAAGAUGCACAAUGUUCCCAUCAUGCACACAUUCAAGCACAGACCUCCAUCGUUCACACAGUCCGUAACGCCAAAAAUAUCCCCCCGGCCUUUUUAGGAAAAACGGCAGGAUUGAGUGCAUUACUGAGGGUGAUCCAAUCCAUUUUCAAAAUAUCGGUUUGACAUCCUCUGCCUGUAUGGUCAUGGAAACACUUUAGAAAUGUGACAUCUGUGAAGGGUUUUUAUAAAAUGUACACUUAAAGCUGUCAUCCACUGGAAG